GUUGGAGACAGAAAAAUGGCCCUCGAUAAUUUAAUUUUCGCCCAGUGCAUCCUUUAUUUUUUAGCCUUCGUAUUCGGUUUCAUCGCCGUGGUACCUCUGUCCGAAAACACGGAGGAUUUCGGGGGGAAAUGCCUGCUCUUCACGCGGGGUAUGUGGCAAAAUGAGAACAUCACUGUGUCGAAGCAGCGCUUCAUCGUGGAGGAGUGGGGACCCGAGUCCGCCUGCAGCUUCAUCACUUUUGUCGGGAUAGCGUCCCUCAUCCUGUCCGCAGUGCAGGCAUGGAGGCUUCUGUUCUUUCUGUGCAAAGGGCACGACGACUCCGUCUUCAACGCCUUCCUCAACCUGCUGAUCAGCUCUCUGGUGGUGUUCACAAUCUUCCUGUCCAGCACCAUAGUCAGUGUGGGUUUCAACAUGUGGUGUGACUCCAUCACUGAGAGCGGGACCAUGCCCAGCAGCUGCGAGGACCUGCAGGACACUGAUCUAGAACUUGGCCUGGACAACUCUGCUUUCUAUGACCAGUUUGCUAUAGCUCAGUUUGGCCUGUGGGCUGCAUGGCUUACCUGGCUUGGGAUCGCAGUGAUGGCCUUCCUGAAGGUCUACCACAACUACAGACAAGAGGACCUGCUGGACAGCCUGAUCCAUGAAAAGGAGCUUUUGCUCAGCCGCCCCUCACGUCGCAACUCUGACCUCAAGACCGGCCUGAUCUAGAAACCAGAGGACGUACAAACACACACACUCACACUCAACGGUACAGUCCUCUCACCUGCCAUGAGCAACACCAAUGUUUGCCUAUGUAGACAAUCGAAAUUAUUUGGCUUUUGCUCCCAUUGAUCAUGGAUUUAAUCAAACUGAAAGUUUUUAGCUUUGUUCUCCAAAGGUAAUUGAUAGUUUAUUCAUCCACAGUGUGCACUCCUCUUCAGGACACACAACCACAGCUCAGCUCUGAUAGUAUUAAAAUCCUUUAACGGAAAUGUACAUCCAGUUUUUCUCAACUCAUGAAUUUCUAUUUAGCAACACAGUAUUAACGGCUUGGACAGACUGGAUCAUGUUGUCUUUGUGAAACUUCUGCAUGGACCUAAUGCAUGACAAAUGAAUAGGGUGGUGGGUUUUAGAUGUAAAGGGGUGUUUUUUUGUUUCAUACACCAAUAAAUGUGUUCCUGAAGUAGGCUUCUUUCUGGUAGGAUGCGCACUACUUGAUGAAGUGAGAAUUCUUUGCAUGCUGCAACAAAGCAAGGUGAUGUGUGCUUUUGCAGUGCAUUCACACUUUUAUCAACAGUUACAAAAGGUGUUUUAUAACAAUGACAAAUUGUAGUUCAGAGUAUUCACAUAAGAGGCAGCCAGUCUAAAAAUGCUUUUAGCAAUCUGUGUGAGACAAAAAAGCAAACAAAUCUUAUUUUGUGCCAUAUACAGUAGUAACUCAGGCUUCUUCUUUAUAGGCUACAAACCAAUAUACUGUGUUACUGUGAACAGACGCACAAAUGUACCUGCAUGCAUAUCUCUCCCUGUUGCACACACAUCGCACACUCACUUGCGGUCAGAGAUUACAGGACGAAAGCAAAUCAUCUGCUUGACUUUGAUAGGCAAUGACAGUUUUAUUCAAAACAACAGAAAUCAUAAAACGGUAGGAACAAAGAAAACCCUUCAUAAAGGCACUUCUUUCAAAGUGACCAUAAAUGUUUGCACAGCCGUGAAAUGCAGCUUCUAACCUAAAUGUGUAUAAACAGGACAUGAGUUCACUGGGUAUUGUUUUAUUGCUAAUGACAAUUUAGUUUGACAGUACAGAGUCAAGAGUAUUCCUUUCUUCUAUAGAGGCGUUAUUAGCCUUAUAUUGCUUUGACAUUUAUAUGUGAAACCUCCAAAAUCCAACGCUUUCCUUUUGAGUUCCCUGAAACCUGUUAUAUAAAGAACAAUGUUUUACUGCAAACUAUGUGAUGUGUGUUAUUGCUCAUAAUGAGGUGUGUGGGUGCGGUGGUUUGGCUGUUUGAAUUUUAUUUUCUUCAUUUGAUAAAGGGACUGACAUAUGAGUAUCUGAUUCUGCUAUAUUUCUGUGUUUGGCCUCAUAUUAAUAGUAAUGAUGUUGAUAUAGGGAGUACAUCUGUUUUUUUUGUUUUUUUUUAACAGAUUGCAAAUACUUAUUGAGCCACACCCAUCCAUACAUUUGUCCAAAGUUUGAUGAGCAUUUGACAUCAUGAUUAAAACCUGAAUAUUA